UAGAUAGCUAAUUGUCAUAACUAAAGUAUUUGAUACUGAAGAGCAAACAUGUCUGUCUCAAGUUUUGUAACUCCAAUUGCUGGAUCAACUUAUGUUGGUUUAAAAUCAAAUAGCUCCAACCUUUUUCCUGCUGCUAAGGAUACAAUCACUUGGAGUCGAAAAACUAUCUCCAAUGGCUCUAAAACUUACUGCAUGAAGACUUGGAAUCCUAUUGACAAUAAGAAGUUUGAGACACUGUCAUAUCUUCCACCUCAAUCAGAGGAGUCCAUUGCAAAAGAGGUUGAUUACAUGAUCAAAAAGGGUUGGAUUCCUUGCCUUGAAUUUGACCAGGUGGGAUAUGUACAUAGGGAAAAUGGCAACAUGCCAGGAUACUAUGAUGGGAGGUAUUGGACACUCUGGAAGUUGCCCAUGUUUAGCUGCAAUGACUCUUCUCAGGUUCUCAAUGAAAUCCAAGAAUGCAAGAAAGCUUACCCAAAUGCUUUUAUUCGUUGCUUGGCAUUUGACAAUGUUAAGCAGGCGCAGUGCAUGGCCUUCCUCAUCCAGAAACCUGCAGCAUAAAAUUUGCUACCUGUCGUCUCAGUCAACUUUUGUAAUGGUCUUUCUGUUUGUUCCAAAAACAACUAAGCUCUAGCCUUAAGAGGGUGAACGACGCAAGAUUUUUAACUCAGGACCUAAAGGUUUAUGGUUGAAAUCGUCUUUCUU